AUGCCGGAAUAUCUCCCUAUGGAGCUACAAAGUACUUGUCUUUUCCAUGAACAAAUCCUCAUUACAUUCACUUCGCGACAUUUCAUCCAAGGUGGCGUAGUCGAGGUCAUUGCGGCUGUACUCUCCAAGGAUUUCUUCAAAGCUGGAUCGGUAUCGACAUGCGUCGGGGGGAAUAUCGCCAAGAUCAUUAUUGGCUCGUUGAUCAAGAGUGGAAAACGGCUGGCACUUAAGGACAUAUGCAAGUUUCAGGAGGAUACAGAAUAUCUGUUGAACAACUCCUUGAAGAUGUCAAUGAAACCUGCUCCGAGCACUCAAGGACGUUAA